GAACAUUUAGUGAAACUAUAACACAAGAGCAACACCUUGAAUGGAUCAUUGAAAACAACAAGUUGCUACGAAAAUGCGGGGCUCUCCUCUCAUAUUUCCAAGCUCUGAAGCUGGCGUGUCAUGCAUAUGAUUAUUAUAGCCGUCCGGAUUUUAACGUGGAUAGACAAGCAUAUAUCGACGACAUAAAUACUGAAAUUGGUUUCUACUUGACAUUAUUAUAUAUGCUUGUCGAAACUCAUCGAGGGGACGAUUCAUUUGGAACUGAACUUGCUGAACUUAAUCCGCCAAUGGCUGUAUUCCUGUUUGAGAUAGUUGCUUCAUUACGAGAAAAAGAAAAGAACGCCAAAGGCUAUCCUGUUAAAAAG